AUGAUAUGGAAAAUUGUCUUAUUCUUCUUGUGUAUUCUUGGGUAUAUAAUUUAUUCCUCAAUACAGGUAAGGAAAAAUAGAAGAAGAAAAACCAUAGGAAUUCUUCAUCCAUAUAGGUAAAAGCCAUUUACUCUCCUUCCCUUCCGUGAUAUGAUAGAAACAUUAAAAAUAUCCUUUUUGUGUAAAAUACUCUUUCGUUAACGAAAAAAAUUUUAUGGAAAAAUAUUUUGAUACAUAAGUGAUAAUUAUUUUAUGAAAUCAUUAGUUAAUUAGUUGAAUUUUAAACAGUGUGCAUGUUAAAAAUAAUUUUUAAAUUUAGAAAAAAAUAGUUAUAAAAUUUAUAAAUAAAUUAAAAAUAAAUUAACCCUCUCGAUGAGCGAACAAAUUUUUUUUCGCUCACGAAGGAGAGGGAAGCUAGUAACGCUGGAGGCGGAGGAGAAAGGGUGCUAUGGGUCGUUGUCAAAAAAUUAAUUCAUAUGAAAACAGGUUGCAAAAUCGUGAUUUAUAGUGGGGAUAGUGAAGGAAAAGAAGAAAUUUUGGAAAAAACGAAAAAACUUUUCGGGAUUGAUCUGGUAGGUAAUCAGGAUAUUGAAUUUGUCAUGCUAAAUAGAAGAAAAUGAAUUGAAGCUGUAAGAUAUCCAGUGCUGACGCUGUUAGGACAGCUACUAGGGUCUAUGGCCAUGAUGAUGGAAGCUUUGAAAAAGUGUUCAGUUCCUGUUUUAAUUGACACUCAUGGACAAGCUGCUGGUUAUUGGUUCGCUAAAUUAUCAGGGAUUAGAGUUGUUGCUUAUGUCCAUUAUCCUUUUAUAUCAACAGAUAUGAUUCAAAGAGUUAGAGAAAUGAGGCCAAGCUAUAACAACAGCAGCAAAAUAGCCAAUAUCAGAACUGUUUCUUACCUCAAAAUAUAUUACUACAAAAUUCUUCUUUUCCUCUAUUCCAUAAUAGGAUCGUGCUGUGACCUCGCUUUAUGCAAUUCUUCAUGGACUCGAAAUCAUAUCCAAGCGCUUUGGAAAACUACUAUAAAAGUUUUAUAUCCUCCAUGCGAUAUCAAAGUUUUUCUUAAUAUCCCUUUAAAUUCUCCAUCAAAGCACCCAAUGACUGCUAUCUCAAUCGGCCAAUUUAGACCAGAAAAAGAUCACGAACUUCAGCUACGCUCGCUAGCACUUUUAAUACAAAAAAACCCGAAAUUUGAAAAUUCGAAGCUGCUAUUGGUAGGAUCAAGCAGAAAUGAAGAAGACAAAGCUCGUGUAAAUUAUUUGAGACAGAGAGCCCAAGAGUUAGGAAUAGAAAAACAGGUAGAAUUUCACCUUAAUGUUAGCUUUUCUGAACUUCUAUCUCUUGUGGAGAUCUCUACUGUAGGCUUGCACUCUAUGUGAAAUGAACAUUUUGGGAUUUCAGUUGUAGAAAUGAUGGCAGCUGGAUUGAUAACGAUUGCAAAUAACUCAGGAGGUCCUAAAGAAGACAUAAUCAAGCAUAAAGUUACAGGUCUUUUAGCCUCACAGCCUGAAGAAUACGCAGAUUGUCUAGAGUACGCAUUCGAUAAUUACGAGUCUCUAGAAAGCCUAAAAAUUCAAGCAAGACAAAGAGUAAGCGAAUUUUCUGAAGAAAAUUUUGAAGAAGCCUUCCAAAAUAACAUAAUAAAUUUCUUACCUUAA